AACAGCGUUCGAGGAAUCUAUUUUCCUCCUAUGUCCUCCAUGCAUAGCCUGGAAACGGGGACCCGCACAGAUGUGAUAUGGGGAGGAGGUGCUGUCAAGGUCUAACGAACUGUCUGGGCGAUGCGAAGCGACGGUGGCACGAACCGUACGGCGGUGGGGCAGCAGGUCUGAGGGAGCCGGCGGCUCCUCACGGCAGCACCGCUCCGUCACCGCCAAGCGAUGCGCGGCACGGCUCCGCCCGACGGGAGCGCAGCUCGCACCGCCAGACGGUGCCUCGUGCCCUGAGCGAACCGUUUGCUCCCCGACGUGGAGGACCGCGUGCUGAGCUUUUUUUCUCAGCGGGGCACGCGGCUGCUGCUGCCUACAAGUGUCGGUUGGCUCCAGGUGGCUCUGCCGCCUCGUGCAGCGGGGGGAAGCAGAACCCUGAGGUAAUCCGCCCGAGACACGCACGCACACACCGCAUCUUCAGUUAUCAAUAUGCACCUGAGAGGAAUCCGGCGCAAAUUAAAGUCUGAAUAUGCCUAACGUCAGGUGAGGUCAGGAGCUCCGAGAUAUCUCCGCUUUGCUGGCGGACGCAUCAGCUCUUUUUAUUGAAAGUAUUCUGGGCACGCAGAAACGAUGGACUGAAGCGGAGAAGCCAGAGCUGCGGCUGUUGCUAGGGGACAAACCCGCCGUGCAGCGAGCGGAGCCCGCGAGCACCGGGCGACCAGCGCGCAGCCAGUGCGGCUGUGGGGCUGCUGUGCGAGCGGGAUGAGCCGGUAACCCGGGGCUGCCAGGUGGAAAAGGACUUUCUAACGGGUUUUGCAGAGGAAUACUCCGCAGUCUUCUACGUACGAAGUGUGAGUACAGCACUAGUAGGGUAAGUAUUUACUGGUUCCCUUGUGCCUGGUAAGAGUAGCACUGACAACCUAGCUGAAGUCAGCUGGGAAAGCACGCCCAGAGCCUUCAGGCAGCAAACCUCCUGUUUGCAACGGUCCCGCGGUUCCUGCACACGGCUCCUCCUGCUCCUCCCCCUCCCCGCCCCGCGCUCUGCAACUUCCAGCCGGGCAGCGCGGUUGGCUCCGAGGCGCAGCGCUGCACCUGUAACGGGCGGCGGGAGCGCGGCUCUGCUCUGCGACCUUUCCUGGUGGUUCGGGGGAAGCGAAGCUGAGUAGAGGCUGAAGCGCGUGAGAGCAGAGUUCUGAGCGCUGCACGAGCUGAACUUUGCGAAGAACUCUGCCUUGGUAUUUCUGGACCCUGUGAGAAAAAUACCUUCCUGCGCGUUUGAGCCAUGAGCGGCUGUUCCAAGAGAUGCAAGCACGGCAUUGUCAAAUUCGCUCGGACGAUUUUCAAGCUUAUCACGGGCACUCUCAGCAAAGAUAAAAUCGAAGAUGAAUUAGAAAUGACUACGGUGUGCCACAGACCCGAAGGCCUGGAACAGCUUGAAGCACAAACCAAUUUCACUAAAAGAGAGCUUCAAGUGCUUUACAGAGGAUUUAAAAAUGAAUGUCCUAGCGGGGUGGUUAAUGAAGAGACGUUCAAACAGAUCUAUGCACAGUUUUUUCCUCAUGGAGAUGCUAGCAUGUAUGCACAUUAUCUCUUUAACGCGUUUGACACUGCACAGAAUGGCUCAGUGAAGUUUGAGGAUUUUGUGAUGGCGUUGUCAAUUCUGUUGCGGGGAACAGUUCAUGAGAAGCUCAGAUGGACAUUUAACCUUUAUGACAUAAAUAAGGAUGGCUAUAUAAACAAGGAGGAGAUGAUGGAUAUAGUAAAGGCAAUUUAUGAUAUGAUGGGAAAGUACACGUAUCCUGUGCUGAAGGAAGAUGCUCCAAGGCAGCACGUAGAAGUGUUCUUCCAGAAAAUGGAUAAAAACAAAGAUGGUGUUGUAACUUUAGAUGAGUUUAUCGAAUCGUGUCAGGAGGAUGACAAUAUCAUGCGGUCCUUGCAGCUCUUUGAGAACGUAAUGUAACCAUGCCUGGAAAGCUCUGGAAGAGUCAGAGACUGUGUGUGUAACAAAGACCUCCUUUCUGGGUGAAAGCUUUUUAUAAUUCAGCCAUGUUCAAUUCAGCCAGCGUGUGAGGGUUUUGUAUGACGUGUCCAACCAAACGGCAACUGAAUGCAACUGAUCCCAUCUCUCCUCUGCAAGAGACGACGGUGGACCUCUAUUUCAUUUUGGAAGCAUGCAAAUACUUUAAUAAAACCUGACGAGAGAGCUGCUGCUUGAAGCUCGAUGAGUAAUACACAGCGUUCUGUUUGCAAGCCACAAGUCCUGCUUUAAUCUAGCAAGCUUGAUUGCGUAUGAUAGCUCAUGUUGAUAGCAUAUUCAGCCACCUAUUACAAGCAAAAAGCUCAGUCCAUACAACCAUAUGGCAAAAUGUUUUAUGGAUGCCUUGCCUUUAAUCUGCUUUUACAGAAAAAAAAAAAAAGAAUCUACAAGGGCCAUCUGUAAAAAUGAACAGUGAAUGUACCUAGGACGUUAAGCAGACAGCCCGUGUAGCCAGCAUCCCCAUUUCUGCAGAGAUCUUGCUUCUCACUGCACUGGUGCCACCACGCUGAGGCUGGUGGAGGUAUUCCUAAGCACAUCAACCAGAGGAACUCGAUGCCAGGGUUAGUCAGAAAGGAGCAAAGCGUGAGUAGCACGUAAAUUUUGAAGUGCAGAGCAAAUCUGAUCAAUGAUGGUAAGUUGUUGCAGGACCAGGUAGGUUUAUAAGGGCAGCUAGGGGAAGAUGCACACCUGCUCUGGUCCCAGCCACCUUCUGCAGUCCCGGUGCGCUGUGGGACACCGAGCGAUUCUCCACUGUGCACCUCAGCAGCACCGUGGCCGUGCGAUGGUCCUUCCGCUGUGGUUUGGCACCUGCUUCUUAGAUGCGUCACUUGAACAUCUGUAUUCCUCCAUUAGAUGUUAAAACAAAGUGACUUCUACUCUGUGGAGUUAUUUAAGCUUUCCAGAAAAGGGCCAGGUGGUGCAGCUGUGUUCCCACGUAAGGGCCUUGGCACCCACAGAGUGCCAAAUAAGUUUAAUUGGCGCCUGCAUGGUUGCUGUUAGUAUCAGAAAUGUCUGCCGGGGUAGUUCCACAUUUUCUGUAGUAAAAUCUUUAUCCCACAAGACAGUUGCAUGACUCGUACAAGUCCUGAUCCUUACCAAUGCCCCGAAGAGCUUUGUUGGGGGGAAUUGUUGGUUUCUUUCUUCCAAGAGGGAAACAGGAAGAGUCAUGUAGCGAAUUUAUACCAAGGUUGGAUUAUGCCCAGUAGAUGUGUCUGCUGAGGAACAGGUCAGCCUGCUUUGCAGAGGAGUCUUAAGGAAAAUGGCUGUUCCCAAGCAGCUGAUGGUUGGGAAACCAAGGGAAGGAGGGAGCAGCCACCUGUACCAGCUGCACAAACCACACAAAAAGGGGAAUCCCCUGUCGCACCCAACAUCGUCCCUGUCCAGUAAGCAUAUAUUUUUAUUAUGUCAGAUACUAUAUUGCUAAUAUACUGUUGGCACUGAAGAUAUAUUUUAAAUAUUACGUAUGUGGAAGCUUUUUAUAAGACUAAAUAUAUAGUAUGCCUAAUUUCUGUAGCCCUAUGUUUUAUAAAAAAAAAUUAAUCUGUUGAAAUAUUCCUGGUUAUAGAGGUAGGUCUGAUCAGUACUGGAGUAAUGCUAUGUGUAUUCCUCAAGAUGGGAAGUGUUCUUUUUUUCUGUGCUUCUGCAUACUCUUCUGUGUGGUCUUUGCUUUGUUCCCCCAAGUUUACUUGUCAUCAAAACAGCUGGUCAGCUGAGGGAAGUUACUUGUAUGCAGGAAUGACAUCUCAAUCUGUCCUGUUCGCUGCCUUGCACGCAAUUACCAUGAAUUAAUUCCUUCUAGCAAGUAUGCAGAGCAAAGCAGCUCCAGUGAUGUGCUGGGAUUCACAGAAGGGAUGCAGUGCUGUGAGAGUAGCCUUGUCGUCCAGCUGUCCAGUUUUGUCUAUUUGUUUUUUGUUUAAUAGGCACUUGGUAAAGACAUCAGCUGUAGCUGGAAUAAUGCCCAAUAUUUAUGUUGUUCCUUCUUGUGAUUCUUCUUGUAAUCACUUGGGCAAAUAACAGCCUUCAGUGUAACAA